AUGGCUGUUUUCCGGCUGUCGUUGCUGCUGCAAGUGGGAUUUGUGAUCGGAUCAAACCACCAAUGGUCAGACAUCGGUGCACGGGAGGAGAUCUACGGCGCCCAGACGCACCACCGUCGGCAGCUGGCGCAUCUCCGCGCGCCUCAUCCUCCUCCUCCUCUUCCAGGGGAGACGGCGGCGGCGGCGGCGGAGCUGCCGCAGAAAAUCGAGGAGCAUCUCCCCCGGGUGGUCACGGCUUUCCUGCACACGGGGGACUCGAGCACCUUAACGCACGCCAACUGCUCGCGGAAGUACGAGCUCACCUCUCUGCGGGGAAGGUCACACGCAGCCCCGCAUCGCUCCAUGGGCAGCGUGCUGGAUACGGUGCUGCACGCCACAAACUUCCUCAACAUGAUCCUGCAAGCCAACAGGUCCAGGGAGCAGAGUCUGCGGCGAGACAUUGAGUGGUACCAUGCCUUAGUCAGGAGCAUCCUGGAGGGAGACGCCAAGAUCCACCGGGCGGUCGUGACUUUUAGCGGGGAUGCGUCCUUCGCGGGGCCCUGGGUGCUUCUCCAGGCCACCAGGGCCGGUGGGGAGAUAGUCCUCCAAGACCUCUCCAGCGUGGCCCGCCACCAUCUGCACAACCGCACCGCAGACACAGAGUGGUACCACGAGAUGAAAGACAAGAAGAGCCCCAGCUUCCAUAAGAGGGUGCUGAGCCAAGAUUUCACAUCAGUUGACAAUUCUUUGAAAAGAGGGGAGAGUUUCAUCCCGGACAGAACGCAUGUGAAGUGGUCUGCGCCCUACCUGGAGUGUGAGAAUGGGAAUUUUGUCCCCCGCUGGCUUUUGACCUUAUCGGCUGCCUUCUAUGGCCUCAAGUCCAACCUGGCUCCUGAAUUCAGGGGCGUGGUGCGAGUGGACAUUAAUCUGCAGGAUGUUGAUAUCGACCAGUGCUCCAGUGACGGCUGGUUUGCUGGAACCCAUCGAUGCAACCUGACCACUAUGGAGUGUUUGCCGAUCCGUGGUCAUGGAUUUGUCCUCGAUAAGUACAAGUGCCACUGCAAGAAAGGAUUCUACCAUCCCAACAGAGUGGCCGUCAACGGUUUUACAAGGAUGGGGAGAAAGGGAAAAGCUGCCGACAGCGGUCCCAACGCAGACGAGGGCUCCUCUAGCGACUGCCUGCCCUGCCAGCAGGGCUGCGCUUACUGCAAAGACGACACUCCCUGCGUGGCCCGAGAGGACGGCGCCCUUCGCAUGGCCGUGCUCUCCUUCCAGUGCCUCUGCAUCCUGAUCGUCUUCAUCAGCAUGGUGCUCAUAUACCACUUUCGCAGGAAUAAGAGCAUCAGAGCAUCAGGCCUCGUCCUGCUGGAGGCCAUCCUGUGUGGAGCUCUGCUUCUCUACUUUCCGGUCGGCAUUCUGUAUUUCCAGCCGAGCGUUUUCCGCUGCAUCCUGCUGCGUUGGGUUCGGCUGCUGGGUUUCGCCACCGUCUACGGGACGCUGACUCUUAAGCUGUACAGGGUGCUGAAGGUGUUCCUGUCCCGUACGGCCCAGAGGAUCCCCUACAUGACCAGCUGGCGAGUGUUGCGUCUGCUGGGCAUCAUCCUGCUCAUCGUGUGCUGGUUCCUGGUGGCUUGGACAUCUGCCGUCUGUCAGAACCCGGACCGGAAGUCGGCUCUAAUCGACGUGGGCUACACCCCCGACGCGCUGCAGUUCAGCAUGUGCCUGCUGGAUCGCUGGGACUACAUGAUGGCUGUCGCUGAGUUCCUGUUCCUGCUGUGGGCAGUGUACCUGUGUUACGCCGUGAGGACGGUGCCGUCGGCCUUCCACGAGCCUCGCUACAUGGCCAUCGCUGUUCACAACGAGCUCGUUCUGUCGGCCAUAUUCUACGUCAUCAGGUUCACUCUCGCCCCUGAGCUUCAUCCAGACUGGAUGCUGUUACUGUUCUUCACCCACACUCACCUGACUGUAACAGUUACGUUGGGUCUGCUGCUCAUUCCCAAGUUCUUGUUCGCUGGCACCCACAUGAGAGACGAUAUAGCCUCCGAGGCGUACGAGGACGAGCUGGACAUGGGUCGCUCUGGGUCGUACCUCAACAGCAGCAUCACAUCGGCGUGGAGCGAACACAGCCUGGACCCUGAGGACAUUCGGACACCAGAGGAAAUGGGCCAUCUCAGUUCAAUUAAUGGCUGUGGCGUAAGGUCUUGCGACAGUCUUUGGGAAAAACGUACCAACGAAGAGCUGAAGAAACUGUACUCCCAGUUGGAGAUUUACAAAAGGAAGAAGAUGCUGGCAAACAACCCACAUCUGCAGAAAAAGCGUAGCUCUAAGAAAGGACUGGGUCGCUCCCUGAUGAGGCGCAUCACAGAGAUUCCCGAAUCCGUGCAUCGGCAGUGCAGCCGAGAAGACAAGGAGGCAGGAGAACACGGCAGCAAUCGUAACAGCAUCUGCAUGUUGAAGAAGAACCCCUUAGAACAGACCCAUACUAGCAAACCAGCAAAGGAAGAGACACUGAAGAACAAGGUUUUCUCCCUGAAGAAGUCCCACAGUAGCUACGACCACGUCCGAGACCAGAGUGAAGACUCCAACAGCUCGCUGACAGACAAGAUGGAGGUGAUGCCAGCUGAAGGGUCUCUCCUGGAUACACUAAUGGGCAAGAAGCUGGUCAAGAAGAAGUCCAGUGAGAAUAUAAGCGUCCCUAGUGAAUCUACAGAAUCGGUCCCUUUGGUUUGUAAGUCAGCCAGUGCCCAUAACCUCACUGCAGACAAGAAACCAAUUCAUCCCAGAGCCUCCAUGCUACAGAAGUCCCUCAGUGUCAUUGCCAGUGCCAAAGAGAAGACUUUGGGCUUGACUGGAAAGACCCAGAGCACGGAAGACAGCAAUAAGAAGAGUCAGCCAAAGAGCAAAGACACAAGGGCAAAUGCAGAGCCAGAGAAUGACUGUCAACCGAAGAUGAUCAUCAGCCAGUCGGUUGAGUACAAACAAAGCACCACAAAAGGCAGGAUCAUGAAACAGCCGGUGAGUGGCAGCCAGCCUACAAUCUGCUCCGAUCCAAUCAAGGGAAAGGACCUCUAUGAUCUCUCAGAAGUGUGUCCCUGGGAAGUAGAAGAUCUCCCGACUCCGUCUGAAAACAAGGUCCAAAAGCAUGUAUCUAUAGCGCCAAAGGAAACCACAACAGUUCACGGAGGUAGCACCAAAGGAGGCAAAUCUCAGCAACAGAAGCAGAAAGCUUCAGAUCAAUCUCCAUCGGGUAGCAGGCACUCCAAGGAGAUUCAGAGGACGACGGCUGUACGAGCAGAGGUAUGUCCAUGGGAGGAGGGAGGUGACAGUCAAGCCAGUCAAGUGGAAGGGUCAAAGCAGCCGAUAUCCAGUCAGUCGAAGGCCCAGCAAGGUCAUUCUGCAGUGGAAAGCUCCAAAACACAUCGGGCUGACGUCUGUCCAUGGGACUUUGAAGAGCCGCAAAAGACAACAGAGUUAGCUCGCCCAGCUGAUAUGACAAAGCAGAAAAAGGGCACCUCUCCAGUGGAAGCGAGAGGGAGAAGCACCCUUUCAGAUCCACCCAAAGUGGGAACAUCGCUCCAGCCACCAUCAUCAAAAGCUGACGUGUGUCCCUGGGACUUCGACAGCACUGCAGUGUCCCCAACUUCUGAGAGGACGCCGAGUCCCUCACAAGCAUCCAAAACCAAGGAAUCCCCUUCAAAAAAGAAAGGCACCCCUGCCUCAAGAACAGUUGAGAAAGAGAUAUCAAAAGACACUGACGAUGAGAAAAGUAGAACAAAAGCUAAGGACAAGAGUAAAUCUUCAGAGAAACCAGUGAGCCAACAAAAAAUGGCUGAGGUUUGCCCGUGGGAUGUGGAGAGUCAUCAGGAGGUGCCGCUGGUAGAAAAAAGGAAAAGCGCUAAUGUUGGAGCAGCCAAAGCAAAGCAGGCUGAAGUGUGUCCGUGGGAUUAUGAGGAUACGUCAGAUAAAAAAGGUACAGACAAAAGUGCUCCUGCAGUGAAACAGAGCAACCCAAAUUCUAAAGGUGGGGCUGCCAGUGCUGCAAAAAAGGCAGAUGUUUGUCCCUGGGACUUUGAGGAUAGCACAUCGAGCAAGAAGGCAUGA